AUGUCCUCCGGCCUGAGCGACACGGACGCCGUCGUCAUCGACCACGACGAUGUGAGCAAUUACAACCCUGACCACGUCCUACCCGAGCCUCCCGAGGUCAUCAAGAAUCUCAGAGCAUGGCUCAAGCCGACUGCAUACGACCUUGAAAGCGGCGAAUACCGCAAGCACUUGGCCUCUCACGCACCAGGCACAGGCGACUGGGUCACCUCGACUGCCAUGUAUCAAGAAUGGCUUCAAAGUCAAGACCGAGGACUUUUGUGGAUCAAGGGCAUACCAGGCUCCGGAAAGUCGGUACUGGCAUCGAAGAUCAUACGAGAGCUAUCUCGCAACCACCCAGGAACACCGGUCCUGUUUUUCUUUUUCCGACAGAUCGUCGCCGCCAACCACGAGCCUGUGGCUUUAUUGAGGGACUGGCUGGACCAGAUUCUCUCGUACAGUCCGCCGCUUCAACAACAGAUCAAGGAAUAUGUGGAGACGAACCGAGAGCUGAGCAGCAUGUCAACGGACGACCUGUGGAGAGAUCUUCGAAUGGCGAUAUCUGGGUUACACGGCAACGUCUUCUGUGUUGCUGAUGCUCUCGACGAGAUGGACGGAGGCAAUUGGAAGUUCGUGGAGGCACUCUUCGAGCUGGGCAACUGGAAACCCCACAAAGUCAAAGUCAUCCUCACCAGCAGGCCUAUGGGCAACAUGGAUGCGUUGAUACGGACAUUCAAUCACUCUAAGAUUAGGCUUGACGAGGAAAUGGUUGAUAAGGACAUCUCAACUUUCGUCCGACGCGCUUUGGAGACUCCCACCAUCUCAAAUGAUGAUAAAUACGUCAUUCAACAAGCUAUUCCUGGACAAGCAAACGGCAUCUUUCUGUACGCCAAGCUAGCAAUGGAUGCUUUCCUCGAUCCUGGCGCCGAUGCUAGGGCGGUUUUGAAGUCGCUCCCUGACGACAUGUGGGCGAUGUACACCGAGCUGCUGCAGGAGCACCGUCGCAGAUCUGAAGUUCCGGAUAAUAUUCAGCUCUUGAUUCUUCAGUGGGUUACGCACUCGACUCGUCCUCUUCGACUGCUUGAGAUGGCCGAGAUGAUCAGCGUCACGCACACCGAUAUUGUCAGUCACGACCUCAGCGGUGUCAAAAACCUUAUCAGAGCAGCUUGUGGGCCUUUGCUAGAAAUAAUGCCUGAUGAGACAGUCUGCGUUGUUCAUCACACGUUUACCGAGUACCUCACAGGAGUGAACAGAAGCCCUGGGGACGGAUAUCCGAUCUUGUUCUCCGAGGAGACUCAUGCUAAGCUCGGUCUGGCGUGUCUGAAAUAUCUGCAGGCGGGAAGCCUUGACGAUAUACAUGAGUCAAAGGCUCCUCCGCGGAUGAACCUUUACGACCACGAGAUUGGGGGAACUAAACUCAGUUUGAAACACCCAUUUCUUAAGUAUGCAGCAAGCAAUUGGCAUAUCCAUCUAGCUCGAUCCUCUCCGGAAGGUCAUGACCAGGUCCAGGUCAACCAGGCACUGGAUGAGUUUGUGGGCCAUCCUCAUUAUCUGGACGCAUGGCUCGGGAUCCACUGGUUCGGCGCAUACUUGAACGAUAGAAGAGGCGUCACACCGUUGCAUGUCGCCGCAAGAUACGGUCUUGCUGGCUGGGCAAAACAUCUCCUCCUUACUGGCUCCAGCGUGGAUCCCAUCGACUCGUACGGCAAGACCCCUCUGUUCUGGGCGUCCACAUCCGGAAAAGCAGAGGCUGUCCAAGUCUUGAUAGAAGCCGGUGCCAAUCCGGAUCGUGCCGAGACGGACCACGGACGCAAGCCUUUACAUGAGGCAGCCAGCAAGAAUCACCCUGAAGUGAUUAAACUUCUUCUCGGUGCUGGCGUAGAUCCCUUGACUCCCAAGACUAUGGAAUAUGGUGGCGUCAGGGAAUGUGGAAACACUCGAAGUACAUAUGCCUGUCACAAUGGUCACUUGGAAGCAGUCGACGCUUUCUUGCCAUUCCUGAAAGACUCAGAAACAAUACAUCGGGCACUCGCCUGGGCAUCUAAAGCAGGUCGAUCGGAAGUCGUUUCCAGGAUUCUCGAGGAGCCUGGAGUUGACAUUGACCGUAAGGUUCGCCGCGGAACACCUCUUUUUCGAGCGUGUCAGAGCGGUAACGCCGCGACAAUUAUUCUUCUCCUCAGAAAGGGGGCUGAUCCAACUAUCCUUUGUGAACCAGACGAGGAAUUUCGAGUCGGCGAUGACCCACUCGACAUAAUGGAAAUCGAGGAAGAGUACUUGUACAGAUGUUACGCUGAAGAAGGGGACCCGAAGCCGACCCGUCAGCCGAGGGGUUUCACCGCACUGCACCUGGUCUGCAAUGACGAACGACAAAAGUACAGUGCAGGGGGUUUGAAAGACGACCCUGCGGUUGUGGACGAAAUUCUUGAUCUCUUCAUCAAAAACGGAGAAGAUAUCCAUCAGCGCAAAGGUUGCACACUUUUGCAUUUAACAUGCAACAACCCCGUCUGGACGCGUCUUCUACUAGAGCGGGGGAUCGACCCAAAUAUCGCCAACGGGUAUGGGAGCACGCCUCUGCAUGAGACCUGCAGCCUUGAUGCCAUGAUCCAGCUGGUUGAGCAUGGAAAGGCAGACAUUAACAAACUCGACGAGAAAAUGAGCCCACCUCUUUUCCAUUUUCUCUCCUUAACCGAUCAUGCCUUGGUACCCAAAUUUCUGGAGUACAGGCCCGACUGCGGUAUCCAAGACAUAAGCGGCAACGGUCCGCUACACAUUGCACUACAGACGCAAGAAUGCAAGCCAGAAAUCAUCGAUGCCUUGAUCCUGGCUGGAGCCGACCCGAAUCUAAAGAACAACGCAAACCUGACGCCAUUUGACGUGAUCGAUCUGAGAAGUCCUGCGUCAGCGGAGAUGAUGGACAUCCUGAUUAGAUCGGGCGCUGAUAUCAACACGAAAGACAAGAAUGGAAAAACUCCACUCUUCCGCACGAUCCAACUCCCACCUAACAGCAGUGGUGAACCUCACCGAGAAAUCAAGGCACUGAUUGAUCGUGGAGCGCGUGUGGACACUCGAGAUUCAAGGGGGCGAACUCUUCUUCACGAAGCCAUCAGAAGCCACCCCGGUUGCCCAGACCCGUCCGGACGUCAUAAAACAGAUUCACGACUUGACUUUUUGAUUGACUUGGGCUUGGACCUGCAAGCUGUCGAUGUCAACGGCGACAAUCUUCUCCACGAGCUAAGUUGGCAUUCUUCAAACCCGGAUUGCACAUACCCCUACAUCCUCCACGUAUGGACGCGGCUCCUCGACCUUGGAGUGAAUCCUGAUAAACCAAACCACCGAGGCAGAGUUCCAUUGCACAAUUUGUGCUGUAAGAGAAGGAGCGGCCGGGACCUUUCUGUGGCGGAAGAUGCGGUGGAUCUUCUGAUUUCUGCGACGAAGAACAUCGACGCUACCGAUGAGGAGGGUAUCACUCCCCUACAUCUUGCUGCUGUCACCUCAGAGCACAAUACCAAAAAGCUACUCGAUGCCGGAGCUAACCCGCGGAUAUCCUCCUGGCAUGGCAUGACACCGCUUCACCUCGCUGUCAGGUCCCGGCAGAGCAACAUCGUCGGCUUGUUGCUUGACAGUCUUCAUCGAACCGACACGGGCCAAUCUGAAGUCAUUACUCUCGUAUCCUGGCGUAUGGAUGAUCAUAUUCAUCCCAUUUCCGGAGUGGACGCAGAAGCCAGGGACGCCAAAAGGCCACUCCAUUACGCCUGCGAGUCGGGACGGCCCGAAGUUGUGGCGAUGUUGCUGAAGGCAGGUGCGACUGUCAAGGUUCCCGGUUUGCGGGCUGCCUGCGCCCACUUCGAGAUAGAGCAGGACUACUGGACAAGGAGUUUUGAGCGCGACCCAGGGAACGGAGAUGCCGUAGGGUUGAGACCCCAGGAUGUGAGACGCUCUGGCAGUGUCAGCUCGGAUGGUUUCAGGAAUACAGCUCGACUGGAGGAGAUCAUCGAGAUGCUCCUUGACCACGGCGCUAAUCUGUCAGAUCCCGGAGACUGGUUCUAUCACGACGGCUAUAGGGAGAGCAGGUCAACGUCCAGGUUGCCUCUCAUGGAUUACACCCUUAAAUGUUUCACCGAGGUUCAGAAAAGACGUGGGCUCGAGCCACCGGGAAAGUACGGCCCACCAAGCAAAGGAAAAGUAACUUUCGAUGAACAUCUGAUCAGCUAUCGUCAUGAAGCCAUCGUCAAAGCAUUACAAAAUUUCGAUGGCUUAAAGAAAGGAGAAGCGAACCAAGAACUGUUCCGUUCAAGACUCUCUCGGCGGGAUUUCGACGUCGUGGAACAGCUUUUCCAUGUCGGCGUCGACUUUCUUGCUGAUGCUGACAAAAAUGGCAAGACCAACUUUGGAAUUCUUGUUCAAGGCGGUUUUACGAAACUGGUUGACAGGAUAGGUCAGCUCGAGCUCAAGCGACAACAUGAGAAGGGUACUUGGCAUGCCAUAGGAGACAAGAAUCGACCGGGAUUUGGCCAGAAGACGGCUUGGAGCCCCGAGAACCUCAACCUGAACCAUCAACCAUUCAUUUUCCAGGCCGUUAGCCAAGAACUUCCUGUUUUUGACGUACUGCGCUUACUUGUCGAGAAGUUUGGCGCCGACAUCAAUGAGAUGGUCUUCAGGAGAGUCUCGCGCGAUGGCAAGACAGUGGUUCAGCCCAUAGACAGCGCCCUCCAUCAACUCGCGAAGGGAUACUGGUGGUGGCAUAUCGCACAAGCCCUGCCGUAUCUGAUCAGUCGCCAGGCGAAUCUCAACUUGAAGAACGACAAGGGACAGACACCUCUCCAUCUGGCAUUAGAGUCUGGUGAGAAGCGCGGAUUUGGGAUGUACCGGCGUGAUGCUGCACGUCUUCUCAUACUCUCGGGGGCCGAUGUGAAUGCCAUGGACACCUCCGGGAAGACCUGUCUUGCUUACGCUGGCUCGGAUGCUGAGAUGGUCCGUUUGCUCAUCGAGCACGGCGCUACAGUCAAGGCGGACGCGCUGUUCACUGCCAUCAACAUGCAGCAAGUUGAUGUGCUUGAGACACUCCUGAAUGCUGGCGUAGACCCGAAUAUGAGGUUCGAUAAAGCCUCGACGAAGCCUUAUCAAGCGGACGACAUGGACGAUUUUCUUCACAGAUGGGACAGGGAAGACAUUCCAGACUAUGAAUGGUACCCGCUCCACCACGCCGCCACGAAGCUUUACGCGACAUAUGACAAGGAUAAACUUGUUCCGAAGGAUACGUGGCCGACGAUUCUCAAAAUUAUCGAUGCACUCCUGGCCCACGGAGCUAACCCUCUCGCCAAGUUCAUUCGGUGUACCGGGGAAGACUGCUACCACCAGCAGCUUCGCGGGCGUCUGUAUGGAAAGCACAUUGAACGGAUGAUUAAAUCCAUCCCCUGGGUCCCAGCAUCAGACGAAUCUCAGGAUGAAAAGCCCGAGCCCGAGCCAGAUACGUCGUUCAGCUGGGAAGGUCAUGAGGAGUGCAUCCUGCUACACCAACUCCUAGUUGAUGGGCACAUCGUUCGCCCGUUGCUGUUGUCAGGCAACAUCGAUCCAAAUUGCAAGGACAACAAAGGAUAUACUCUACUGCUGGCCGCUUGCGCUUCUACUUUUGGGCCCGACAUGCCUCUCGACUUGUUUUCCCAGGCAACCGAAAGCCCCGAUGAACAAACCGAAAUCUCCACAUUCAGACACCUGAUCAAUGUCGGGGCCGACCCGGAAGCACGGGAUGUGGAAGGCAGGAAUGCAAUGCACCACAUGCUUCGAUUUCGAGAAGAAGACAUCCGCAGCAAACCGCGAAUACUCAAGUCAUUGUCCUACAUGGCGGAGUUCCACCGAUCUCUCAUCAAUCAGCAGGACAAGAACGGAAAGACGCCGCUUCAUCUCGCUGUAGAUCGCGCUGUUUAUGAAAAGAAGACCACCUACGCAGACCUCCUUCUAGAAGCGGGCGCGGAUCCGCUGCUCUCAGAUAACGAGGGCAACACGGUUCUUCACAUCCUUUCCCGGAUGCUCUGGCUGUCGACGUUCAGGCCACUCUUCGACGAGUUGAUCAAACUCGGUUGCGACAUCAACGCGCGCAACGAGAAAGGCGAGACGCCGCUCUUUGGGUACUUCAACGGGCUCAGAAGAAAACACGACAAGGAAUUCUACUCAAGAGGCACCGACCUGUCGACCAUCGACGAUGCCGGCGCCCUCGCCGCCCUCGAGGCGGCCGGCGCAGACUUCACCGUUCGGAGGAACGACGGCCAGGGGCUCUUGCACGUCGCCGCCGAGGGGCAUCACGUCAGGUUCAAGACGCUGCUCGAUCGGGGACUGGACGCCCUGGCGGAGGACAACAAUCGCAGGACGGCGCUGGACGUCGCCGCCGCCUGCGAGAACGUGGGCGUCUUGAACCUUUUCAAGCACGGGGCGGAAGAGGACACCGAAUGCGUGGGGAAGGGGUACUGGGUGAAUGUGGAGGACAUCUUUGGUGUGGAGGGGGAUUGGGACGACGCUGGGCUUCAGCGGAUCGCUUCCACUUUCCCUAGUGAAGCAGAUUGA